AGGGUUUUGUGGCGACUAAUGGCCUAUAAGUAAACUAUGACAGUGGUAACAAUCACUCUCUCAACUGGUCAGCAGAUGCCAGUAGUGGGCUUGGGAACAUGGAAAAGUGCCCCAGGACAGGUGAAGCAGGCAGUGCUAGCUGCUUUAGAUUGUGGUUACAGACACAUUGACUGCGCAGCGGCCUACAGCAAUGAGCAUGAGGUCGGGGAGGUCCUGAAUAAACGAGUUGGACCAGGGAAGCUUCUGAGACGAGAAGACAUUUUUGUGACCUCUAAGUUGUGGAACACCAAGCACCAUCCAGAUGAUGUAGAGGAGGCCUGCAAGAAGUCUUUGUCAGAUCUGGGACUCAGUUACCUGGACCUGUAUCUAAUGCACUGGCCAAUGGCCUUUGAGAGAGGAGAUGAGUUGAUGCCCAGACGACCUGAUGGCACUAUUCGGUAUGCUGACACUCACUACAAAGACACGUGGGCUGCCAUGGAAAAGCUGGUUGACCAGGGGCUGGUAAAAGCCAUUGGCUUGUCAAACUUCAAUGCCAGGCAGAUUGAUGACAUUCUUAGCAUUGCCAAACACAAGCCAGUGGUGAACCAGGUGGAGUGCCAUCCAUACCUCAUCCAGACUCAGCUUCUAGCUCACUGUUGGAGUAAAGGACUGACAGUAACAGCUUAUAGUCCUCUUGGUUCUUCUGAUCGUCCCUGGUAUACACCUGGAGAACCUCUUCUGCUGGAUGAUCCAAGGGUGCAUGAUUUGGCCAAGCACUAUAACAAAACCCCUGCACAGGUCAUCAUCAGAUGGCAUGUACAGAGGGGUCUCAUUUGCAUCCCCAAAAGCGUCACUCCAUCUAGGAUCAAGCAGAAUAUUAAGGUGUUUGAUUUUAAAUUAUCUGAAGAUGACAUGCAGCAAAUUGAAUCAUUCAAUAGCAAUGAGAGGCUGAUCAUUCCAACAAUAGAGAAAGCUGGGAAGAAGGUUUGGAGGGAUGCACACCAUCCUCUUUUUCCCUUCCACGAUCUAUAUUGAUAAAUGAAAAUACAAUUAAAUCUUUAAACAGUUCAAGUUACAUAUCAAAAUCAUUUUAAAUGUUGCAUCAUUUUCCAGUUUAUUUUUAUCGGGACCCCAUCCACAUAAGACAAAAAUAUGAUUUCAACUGAUUUUAUUUAAACUAGCCAGAACAAAC